GUAGCCUCUAGGAGGUAUCUUGUAGAUCGAUGACAAUAUGCCAUCUAGGUAGAAUAUAAAUGUCUUUGUCCUUUAAUUUAUAGUAACUCUAAUCGAAAGCUGGCUUGAACGCAUAAGGUGCGCGCAGAUAUAACACAUAAGUGAAUACUUCUAACUUCUAACUGCACGAUGGCACCCUCGUCUUUCAAACUUAACACGGGCCAGGAGAUCCCCGCUGUCGGGUUCGGAACAUGGCAAGCUGCGCCGGGCGAAGUCGCCAAAGCCGUCGAGCUCGCGAUAAAACACGGCUAUAAGUUAAUCGAUGCGGCCUACUGCUACGCGAACGAGGAAGAGGUCGGACAGGGCCUCAAGGCGGCUUUCGACGCCGGCUACGCCAAGCGCGAGGACAUCUUCAUCAUGACCAAGGUGUGGAACACGUACAGCAGCCGGGUCGAGCUCGGCCUGGACAAGUCGCUCAAGGCCCUCGGGCUCGACUACGUCGACCUGUUCCUCGUGCACUGGCCCGUGGGCAUGAACCCCAACGGCAACGACGACCGCUUCCCCAAGCUGCCCGACGGCAGCCGCGAUAUCCUCUGGGACCACGAUCACGUCGCCACCUGGAAGCAGAUGGAGGGCCUUCUCGAGACCGGCAAGACGAAGGGCAUCGGCGUCUGCAACUACAGCAAGCCGUACCUGGAGCAGCUGCUGGCCAAGGCCGAAGUCGUGCCCGCUAUCAACCAGAUCGAAAACCACCCGGCUUUGCCGCAGCAGGAGGUUGUCGACCUCUGUAAGGAGAAGGGUAUCCACGUCGUGGCGUACAGCCCCUUGGGGAGCACAGGUGGCCCGUUGCUGCAGAGCGAGGCUGUUACCAAGGUCGCCCAGAGGAAGGGAGUUAGCCCUGCAACGAUCUUGCUAAGCUACCACGUUGCCAGGGGCGCCACCGUGCUAGCCAAGUCGGUGACCGAGUCGCGCAUCAAGGCCAACCUCGAGAUCGUCGACCUCGACGCCGAAGACGUGCAGAUCCUGAACGACUACUCCGCCAGCCUCGCGAAGGACGGCAAGGUCCUGCGCUACGUAUACCCCCCCUUCGGCAUCAACUUCGGUUUUCCGGAUAAGAAGGAGGGCAGGAGUCUACCGAACGGCUUUGCGGGGUGAAAUGAUGUGCGGCGCGAUUGUUGUCGUUAUUGGGCCUCUGCGCUAUCAUUGUAUUAGGUA